CAAUUUUUUUCAAAGCACUAUAAUGUUCUAUUCACAAAAUUGAUAUGACGAGUAACCCGGUCUACCUAGGGUUGAGAUAGUGAGAAAGAACCCCAAUCAAACCCCACUCACAAUUUAUUGCUCUAUAAAUCAACUCCCCCAUCAUCAUCAUCAUCAACCCUACACACUUCUUAUCUUUUCUUUCUCCCUUCAUCCAUCACUGUUCCCCUGUCGAAGAUUCCCUCCCAUCUCUCCGCUUCAAGACCAGCAAAUCGGAGAGGCCAGAAAGUAUUCUUUACCCAAUUAAAAGUGAGUGACAGGACCUGUCAGAUGAGGGUGUGAUACUUGUGGCAAAGGAUUAAAUCUUUGGAGUUUUUUUGACAUUGGAUUCAUGCCAGUUUCUGGAAAGGAAGAGCUUGGAAUGCCGUCUAGUAUCUCUUUCGCAGGUAUCCCUAUAAAGAAGAGAAGGUUCCCGUUUGUUUUUCCUUCUUCGUCUCCACCAGAAGAGCCAACAUCUUUUUGUGAUGGAAAUGAUUUAAAGAAAACAGAGUCUGCUUCGAUCCCGAGUUCAUCCUUCAACCCCGUCGAUACUACUAACAAUGCCAGUAAAUCUGAUCUCAACAAGAAUCCUCUGUUGGAGGCAAGACAAGAAAGGCUAGAAGAUGGACACAUUAGCUCUAGCACACUGAACAUAGAUUGUUCCGACUCCGAACUUGCUGAAGCUGAUGAUAGCUCUAUCAAACUUCCAAAGGGACCCUCUGUGUCCAAAAGUAUUGAACAUGAUUAUGUCUCUGUCCAUUCUUCUCAGGAACUUUCAGGAUCUAAACCCGCUGAAGCGAAUGCUUCAUCUUUCCAGUACAAGGAAGAAGCUUCUGGAUCCAUGCCUGCCCACACAAGUUUUUCAUCUGUGCAAUAUGUGGGAAAACCCUCAGGAUCUCAGCCUGCUGAAACGGAUUUAUCAUUUUCCCAAUCCACUAAGGAUCCUUCCGGAUCUAAAUCUGUCAAAACUAGUAAGGAAACAGGUGGCUUUCAACCCUCUCGGGAAAACGUUGCUUCUGCCCAGUCUAAUGAGGAGUCGCUGGGAUCAAAACCUCACAUCUUGAAUGAAAAGGUUCCGUCGGGUUCUGGUGCGGGGCCUUUGGACCAUGGUCUUCUUAAGGUAGCUUUAACUGAAAGCAACAUUGGGGUUUUAGAAAACACUUCAACAAAUGUGAAGAUGGAAAUCAUGGACAACAAAGAAGACAGUUGCACUAAAUUUCAACUUUCUGCACUUUUGGGGAAUGCUGAAUUGUCUUUAAGGGGGGCAAGCAGACAGAGCCUAUCGGUGGGAGUGCAAAAUAGAGAAGCUUCUGAGAUGUGUGAUAGUCUAGAUCCAUCGUUGUUAUCUCUGUCUCUACACAAAGAAAAGGCCAUGCCUCAAAUUGGAAGUUCAAACAGUAGGUCGAGUGAUGUUAGUCAUGAUACUGAUAGAUCAAAUUGGGAUUUGAACACUACUAUGGAUACUUGGGUAGGUUCUGAUAAAGCCUUUCAAGAUACAGAUAAAAUUGAUAGUCUUUGCCAUUUCAGUACUAGACAUGAACUUAGACAUAGUUUAAGCUCCAAUAGUAUGAUUGGUGCUUACAAUGAUAAAGGGAAGCAAGUUUGUGGAGUGUUUGAACCAACUUCUCAUUUUUCAACUACAUCUAUACAAUCUAGCCUGUCAUCCAAGUCACUGGAUUCACUUUGCCUAAGUCUCGGUAGCACUUUCCGUGGGUUCGAUCUAAGCAAGCCACAGGUUUGUUCAAUGUCCAAGGCAGACUCUAUCUUACAUUCUAAUACUCCUAGAACUAUUACAAACUUGAAUUCUGUUGGACGCGGAAGUGUAAAGGAAGAACCAAUUGAUGAUAGCUCAAAACAGGACUUCAUUGCUUCUAGCAACAGUACUUGCAGAACACUUGAUAGUGAUUCCUCAAAAAGGAAAUUCAUUGAGAGCGGAAACAUGGAAUCUUUGGAAUUCGAUAUUCAAAAGGUGAUAGGGAAAAAAUCGAUGAAGCCUGAACCCUUGCAGGAACCUAAUCAGGAAACUUGCAGGACGAUGUCAAACAUGGAGUUGCACCAAACUGUUGCAAAUGUUGUACCAUCAAAUGAGUCUUCUACUUUGCCAGUGCCAUUGAAAUCUGAAAGGCCGCUUCCUACAAAAUUAUCUACAUUUUCAGAGUUGUCUGUCGGCAGAGAGUUAUCCAAUCAAUCUGAAUAUUCUGUUCAUAGGAAAGAAGUUGAUGGUUGUGAGAAUACAUUAGAUCAGAUGAAUGCAGGCAGUGCUGCGAAAAAUGAACAUUCUGCACUAGAAGAUUUAAUUGCAUCUGGUUCUAAAACAGACGCUUGUGAGUCAGAUGGUGUGAAUGUAGACAGCUCGAAAACGUCAAAUUUGGAGCAAUCUAACGGACAUCCUCAUGCAACUCUUGCCAAUGGCGAGCAAGAUAUGGACAUAUCAGCUGUUAUGGAAGAAGAAUCCUUAUGUUCUGAUAUUGAAUCAGAUGGUCAUCAUCUUGAUUUUAAUGUUGAAGUAGAAGGUAGGCCGAGUGGAAAGGAAGACGAUGAGCUUGAAGAUGGUGAAGUGAGGGAGCCUACAUUGCAUUCAAUACCAGAAAACCCAAUUGUCGAGGGAUCAGAUUCAGAAAAGGUUAUUGAUUCUGAUAGUCACACUAUGGUAGCUUCAGGUGAUGAUAAUAUUGUCCGGUAUGGUGAUGAAGAAAAAGAUGAACCUAUGAUUCAUCCAAAGACAGCUACUAGUUACUGUACACGAGAGUGUGAUGGAACCACAGUGUCUGAAAAGUUAGUUGAUCAAUCUUUGGAGAUGGAUGGUUCGUCAAUCUCUACCAAGUCAGAAGUUGUGCCAGCAACAUGUUACUUUGAUGCUAUUAUGCCUAUAAGUGAAAUUCACCAAAUGCAUUUUGAAAAAACAGAAACAGAACAUAAGCAAGAGGAAAACAUAGAGGGAGUUUUAUGUGAUGAGACAGGAGUAACUGUUUCCAAGAUCUCAGUUGAGGAUGCUAAUGGAACUGCUAAAGAUUCUAGUGCAGUUAAGAGCCGGAUUAUCAAUUUACCCCGGGCUUCUAGUUCCAUUUCUCCUAGUAAAUCCAGAUCCGUCAUGGGUAUUCCAUUGUCAUCUAGAAGUGGAAGGGAAAGAUAUUUUGUUGUUCAGGAUGGGAAGUUUCGUCUAAGUGGGAAUAGAGGUGAAAUGUACCAUGAUGGUUCAAACAAAUACACAAGAGAUAGAUAUCGAGAUCGGUCUUAUGAAAGGCCCACCAGAGGGAAUUACAUACGUGGAAGGGGACGAGGUUCUGGCCGGUAUGGUAGGUCCCACCGAGAAUGGGAUUCCGAGCGCAAUUUUAGCUACAACAAUAACCGUAUGGAUGAUUACUGUUUCACUAGACAUAAGCGCGGCUCUUCCAUUGACAACGACGAAGCUGAACGGAACGACUUUGAUAUGUUACCCGACAGAGCAGUUUUGGGUCCACCCAGCAGAGGGAGGAAACUAUUGAAUGGUGGGUCCCCUUCUUUUCGGCAGUCUUCAUCAAGGAGACAUUCUCCUGGUGACAGGGGCAUUCAAAGACACGGUAGGAUUCCUAGAAACACUAGUCCCCCAAGUAGAUGUACUGAUGAAGGUGGUUCUGAGAUGGUUGAACUCGGGCAUGGCGAAAGGUUUGACAUGAUUGAUCCUCCAUAUAAUAGAAGUAGAGACGGACAAUUUCCCCGUGGGAAAACAAUGUUCCCUGCAUCCAUUCAAAGGCGCGGCGGCUACUCAAGAGUGCGUUCAAAAUCUCCGGAUGAAUCAGUUCAGAGACAUUCCUCUUCUGGCCAUUGGUCUUCUUCUCGUCGAAGAGCCAUGGAAGGAGGACUGGAUGAAUCUCCAAUCAUGUAUCGCCGUGUAGACAGGAUGAGGUCACCCGAAUGCGAUUAUUUUUCCGAAGAAAUGGUUCCAAGAAGGCGCGACUCCCCAUCGUAUUGCUCCAGGGAUGGGGAUGCAACAGUACAAGAAAGAAGAAGCCCUUCUAACCGUUUAUUUCCCAGAAAAGCCCCAAGACCUGAUGGUAUGAAUCGUGGGGACGACGAUGGUGAUGACUACUUUGGUGGGCCCACAAGUUCAAAUAGAAAAUAUAGCGAGAGACGGGCCCGGUCCUUUCGUGGUCCUCCAUACAACCACAACAACAACAACAAUGACAAUCACAUUGAGAAUUUCCGUUUCCAUUCCGGGGAAGAUGGACCUAGGACUUUUAGGUGUUCUCCCGAUGAAGAUCAGGAAUUCAUGGAAAGAAACAACACAAGAAGGGACAGGGAAUUCGAGGCGCGUUUGGAAAACAGGACUGGGAUUUCGCCCGGUAGGAGAAUGCGAAACAUGGAAGAUCAAGAAGGGAACUAUCGACCAAACGGCCCCCAAGUUUGGCGUGGAGACGGCAUGAAACGAAGAAGGUUUUGACUCUUUUCUGGCAUUCUUUGCCUAGGGUUUUGAACUAUAUAUAUGUGUGUGUAUUAAGUGCCUCUUUUAGGAGUCUUUAUGAAGGUGUUGUGUGGAUGGGGGGUUUAACCUAAUCACAAUGAGAUUCCUGAAGUAAUGCCCUCUAAGAAUCUUUUGUACCAUAAAUAAAUACAAGAUCCAAGCUACAUACAGGACAUGGACCUAACUGCUUUUACAGUAUGGGCAAAAGACAAUCAAGUGCAAAAUGUUGGGUAUCCAAAGGUGAAAGGCAGAGUUGUUCUUUUACAAACAAAUGUUGCUCUAAAGUUGUCACAGACAAGAAUAGGCAAGUUUUGCUUCAGAGAACAUUUUGUGCCCAAAACACUUUGGCCAUUGCAUUACUAAGGGCUCUAUAGUCUAUAUACUCUGCCUCUGCAGAUGAUCUACGAACGAAUUCUUGCUUGAUCGACUUAGACAUGAUGUUCGACACAAACAAUGGCAUACUCUGUGUCAACCCUUCCAUUAUCGCGAAACUGUUUCUGAUUUGAGUUUGAAAAUGUUGUGAGAAUAUUCGGAAACGCUUCACUCAGAUACGAAUUUUGAUCGAUUCUCCAAAUGAAACCCAUACUCCAACCUUGAGGAUCAACGAUGAAAU